UCAACUAAGGCUGUCAAAAAAAACUCGUCACGAAUUUGGCAAUAUCGCGUUUUGGGUUAGACUUUACCACAAAAACAUAAAUAGAUUUUAGUACGAGAUGGUGUUUUUAACUGUUGCAAAUUGGGUGAGAGCUCGUGGACCUGAUGAGUAUUGGAGAAAACGGAGGAUAUUCAAAUUGGCAGCUCAUUAUAUCGGCAGGCGAAGAAACUGUUACUCAAUUGCUGUUCGUAAUGUUCAUCGUGCCUUAGCUUAUGCUACCAAGGCUAGACAAUUGAAGAAACAAGAUAUGAUAGACCUGUGGAAUACCAGAAUCACCGCAGCAUGCGAGCAACACAAUAUCACAUAUUAUACUUUGAAAGAAGGAUUAGACCGGGCCAAUAUAAUGCUGGACAGAAAAUCAUUAUCAGACUUGGCUUCUUGGGAACCGCGUACAUUUGAAUCUUUAGCAGCAGUCGCAAAACAAAAAAUUGAAUAUGAUGGCUUUAUAGACGGAACAGACAAGAAACAUCCUACAGGAGUUAAUUUGAACCUGAAAGACGUAAUGUUAGAAGUGUGGCUAAAAGAAAAGAAGUAGUUAUUUAUCUAAUUUUGUAAUUGUUCACUAUAGUACCUAAAAUAAUAAAUAAUGUAGUUACAAAAGAGUCAAUUUAUUUA